AGGCGAUCAAUGAAAGCUACUACGCUCUUCACUCAUCCAUCUUUAGCUCUUACCCUCUCCCCAGUAGCUGGUCCUCGAUUCUGCAUCUGGCACAAUGAACGAAGGCGACUGGACUUGCGACGCCAACGAUGCCGUUCAGCUGACGAUCGUCCAGCCCGGCGAAGAGAAAGUCAAGACGAUCCACAGCUUUCACCCUCAAUUCACAUAUCCUAUCUUUGGCGAUGACGAGCAGAUAUUCGGUUAUAAGGGCUUGAUCAUCCGCUUGCGGUUUGCAGCCCACGACCUCCGCCCGCAUAUUCAUAUCUCUUACGAUGAGAAGUUCAAGCCUGUUGGGGAUACUGCUGCUGUCGAUUUGCUGAAGACAUUGACGCCAUGGGUUCCCGAAGAGGCUUUCGUUGUACUCCCCGACUAUGAAAAGGCAGUCCAGGAGGAUCAGAAUGCAAAGGAUUUUGUGCCACCUGGCAAGCUCGUUCACAGCUACAUCACUCGCGAGAGGACAUAUGAGAUCUGGGCCGGGUCCCUUGCUGAUCCCGAGGUUCGACGACUAUUGGACCGCGCACAGGUCUUCGUGUCGUUGUUCAUCGAAGCUGGUACGCCUAUAAUCACGGAUGAUCCAGAUUGGACGCUCGAAAGAUGGACAGUUUACUUUGUCUAUGAAAAGGUGAAACCUUCAUCACCAAGGGCCUCACAGUACUCCAUAGUCGGAUAUGCGACUACCUAUCGGUGGUGGUUUUAUCAGAGGGAUUCCACACAGAAGCCCACGGUGAUGAGUAACACAUUUCCGGCACCUGAAAUUAGACCUGCCCAGCUACCGGCCCGACUGCGAAUUGCUCAAUUUUUGAUCCUCCCACCUCACCAGGGCUCGGGGCAUGGCACUCACCUUUAUACCACCAUCCAUGCUGCAUGCUUCAGUGACCCAACAAUCACCGAGCUGACCGUCGAAGACCCAAACGAGGCUUUUGAUGCGCUCCGCGACACUGCGGACUACCACAUCUUGCGCCCGGAAUUCCUCAAGCACAAGGUGGACAUUAACCCGGAUCCUUAUGGGGAAUCCUCCAAGAAGCAGCGCCCUCGGCGCGUCCCUACAUCAGCGCUCAUUCCCACAAAGCUACUACAAGACAUUCGCUCGUCAUUCAAGAUUGCCUCGACCCAAUUCUCCCAUAUUAUGGAGAUGUAUCUUCUCGGUCAAAUACCUCUCCAAAACCGCCUCUCCGGGGGAACAAACAUGUCUCGACUUUUAAUCAAGAAGCAUAACGCAGAAAAUCCCAAUGAUCGCCGAUACUACUGGUGGCGCAUGCUCACCAAGCAGCGUCUCUACAAGCGCCAUCGAGAUCUACUGAUCCAAUUGGACCUGAGCGACCGCAUCCAGAAGCUAGAGGAGACCGUGACGAACGUUGAGGAGGGCUACGAUGCUCUCCUUAAGGCUUUCAACGCCCGCGAGGAGGCUCUGCUGGCUAAGGAGGAAGAGUCGGGUGAGCUUACACCGUUACAGUCAACUGCCGUUCUGGGAGAAGCAAGCGGCGGCAGAGGUAAGCGGAAGCUUACAGUAGAAGAUGAGGAGGAUGAAGAAGAGGACGACUCAACAGCCAAGCGGCCAAAGGUGUGAAGCAAUGGCAUUUAAUGUUUUCUUAUUCAAGCCAUCCAACAAAAUCGCCAUGUAAUAUUAUUAAGCAUUAUGAACCACCAGAACCAGCCUUUCGCCAUGAGCCAUAUCAAUACACCCGAGUCUC